AUGUGGCUGGCCUUACCAGGUAGCCGAAUGCUGCACAUUAUACUGAAUGAGAGUCAUCAGAACAUAUCCGGUGUUCAAGAAAGCAUGAACACUGAAAGUUUUGGGCAGUUUACUGGGAAACAUGACAUGGAUGCUCUGGGAGACAGACAGCAGUGUGUGCCCACAGAGGCUUCCCUGGAGGCCUAGGAUGAUUGUGGAAUUGACUUUCAGUGCAGUACAGGCAGAUGCAUAAAGAAGCAGCUUCUAUGUAAUGAUGACAACAGCUGCAGGGACUUUUCAGAUGAGGAUGAUGGUGACAGUGAUCCCUGGCUCCUCUGCCUCAGUCGAGUGGUACAGGAGUAAGAGCUAGCACGAACAGCAGGCUAUGGAUCUAAUAUUCUUCAAGGGGAUGAUCCCUUAAACACACCAUUUGACAAUGAAUUCUACAAUGGACUCCAUGCCUGGAUUUGGGAUGGAAACACUUUCACAUUCUACCAAAAGCCCUAGAACAUGGCUUCCUGGGUCUAUGACAAAGUCACUUCAAGAAGAGAAGCUUUUUCUGCUUCAGUCCGCAUUGAGUGCAUGCUCUUGCCUCCGAGCCUAACCAUGUCAUCUCACAAGACUUUCAGAAUCAAACGAUGCCUGGCCAAGAAGCAAAAGCGGAAUCGUCCCAUUCCUCAAUGGAUUCUGAUGAAGACUGCUCUAAAAGUUACACCCACUGUGGUAGAUAUGAGCAAAAAUGAAGAAACUUCUUGGAAAACAAACUCUUUGGAUCAAGAAAAGGUCUCAAAUUGUUUUCAAUUUUCAUAUCCCACAAGUGAAACUUACCAACUAUUUUUAUCAUAUUCUUCAAAGAAGCAAGAGAAGUUUGGUCUUAGUGAGGGCAGCAGCAUUACUGAAUUCGAUUUAAGUGGAACUGUUACAAGGAGAAUUAGAAAUUGGAAGUAUAGAAAAUUUUUCAAGGAUUUUUUGCUUCUAAACAAUGGCAAGAACAUGGGAAACAUCAGCCAUGAUCAGCUCAUUGAUGAUGUGAUUUGACUUGUAAGCGGACGAUCCAACAAGCCUGCAUUGCAGCUGAAGGAAGAGCUUCUCAAAGGGCUCAAGACAGUUGAUGUGACUGACUUUGUAAACUGGGCCUCUUCCUCAAACCAAGCUCCAGUGCUCAUUAACUGAAAAGUAAGCAGUGUUUAUUUGAAACAGAAGACCCUAUCAUUUUCGGUCCCACACUGGAGCAAACUGUUACGUCUCCGUAGGCUCCUCCAAUCUAUCAUAGCUUCUCAGACUUUCCUUGUCUUUUAUGGACUUGACAGUUUUGAUGAGGAAUGGACUACCCUUCUACAUCAGUUUCCACACGUAGAUGAAACGAGCGUCAGAUGCUUCACGGUUAUUACCGCACUGUGGUAA